AUCACUAAACCGCAACCUUGUCGAGUGGCUGUCAGCGUAAUCGACUUCAAACUUUAUAGUAGCGUUUCUAAAACUGCACACCAGGAUGUUCAGGCCUAAUAUACUGGUACUUGUAUUUACCUUCGUUCACAACGGGCAUGGCUUGAAAGAGUUGACUCCAGACGAAAAGCAGUUCGUUACUAACCAUAACAAUUAUCGGGCUAACGACAAAGCGGAUCUCUCUUACGACGAGGGAUGGUUGACCUUCAACAACUCCGUGACAUUUGACCUCCAAGUGUAUUACCACAAUCAGGAAUGCUGGAAGUGCGACUCGGUGUACCUGGUCAAGGUACCUCACGGCACCUCCCUCGCGGUCAAGGUCAAUACUACCUUCUGGACGGACAUGGAGAUACGGAUGGAUGUCAUCAUGCAGGAUGUGCAGGCCACUAUCUGCAGAUUUUCUGAAAAGUUUAGAGAGAACGGCGACUAUUGGUUGUUCUUCAACCAGUCCGAUUUCGAGACUUCGUCAUGUGACAUUUCCUUAGCCAAUGAUCCGGCAUCAGCAGAGUUGCCUAUACUGUACGUGGCUGCAGGGAUAGUCGGGCUCUGGAUCAUUGUUAAAAUCAUCGCUUGCGUCUACCGGAAGAGACUCUCGCGCAAGAAGGAGUACAGUGUAGAAUCCUAUCUAACACAACCACCAGACAAAACUAUGGAAAUGAAACCCACGGAGAGCACCGUCAGGGAGGAGAUCCCACCCGACACCCACUCCAAGCGGCAGCGUCUGCAUUCGCUCGAUACUUUUCGCGGGCUGAGUCUCUUGAUGAUGAUAUUUAUUAACUACGGGGGUGGAGGGUACUGGUUCUUUGAUCACCCGCCUUGGAACGGCAUAACCAUAGCGGACCUCGUGUUUCCAUGGUUUGUUUUCAUCAUGGGCGUCUCCAUGAAUUUCUCAUUCCGGUCUAUGCUUAAGCGCCGGAAGUCGCGAGCUGCCAUCUUGUGGAAGGUUGUACGACGCAGCGCCCUUUUGUUUGCUUUCGGAAUCGUCAUGAAUACAAACUGGGGACCGGUGGACCUCCGGAAGCUGCGCAUCCCCGGGGUGCUACAGCGCCUGAGCCUCUGUUACCUGCUUGUCGCCGCCAUGGAGACGGUGUUCGCAACAGCUGACGACCGCGGAAAGGAAAAACCAUGGGCGUGGUGUCGUGACGUCAUUUACUUACUUCCGGAAUGGUUGUUAAGUCUGAGCAUGCUAGCCGUCUAUCUGGCAUUGACUUUUGCUCUACCGGUUCCUGGAUGUCCGACCGGUUACAUAGGCCCAGGAGGACUGCACGAGGGCAAGACGCACGUGCGCUGCACGGGAGGAGCGGCAGGCUACAUAGACCGACUGGUGCUGGGGGACUCGCACAUUUACGGCAACCCUACGCCCAAGGCUAUAUAUCAGACCGAGGCGCCAUAUGACCCGGAGGGAAUACUGGGCACGCUGUCUGCCGCCUUCCUCUGCUUCCUCGGGCUCCAGGCUGGACGUGUGUUCAUGACAUACCAGGACCACAGAGGGCGCCUCGUCCGUCUAGUUUUCUGGGCGCUAGUUACGGGUGCUAUCGGGGCCGCGUUAUGUAACUGCUCAAAAAACGACGGAAUCAUUCCUCUCAACAAGAACUUGUGGUCAGUGUCCUUCAGCCUGGUCACCGCUUGUUUCGGCUACUUCCUGUUGGCCUUCCUCUACGUCAUAGUGGACAUCCUUCAACUUUGGGGCGGGGAACCAUUCAUUUUCGCAGGCAUGAACCCGCUGAUCCUGUAUCUGUGCCACGACAUCUUCUAUCGGUUCUUCCCGGUGAAUUUCCACGUGGAUCCCGUGCACUGGAAGCUGCUCCUGAAGGCGCUCUGGGACGUCAUCAUCUGGCUCAGCCUCGCCUUUGUCCUCUACUGCAAGAAGAUCUUCAUUGCUUUGUGAUUCAUAAAUCAGUGUUAUAUGUUGUAAAGUAACACCACUGAAAUACGAACAUUGACUCAUUUGUAGUCUCUUAAAAAUCAAAUUAAAUUAAAAACCUGUCGUAAUAAUUCAAGUUUUAAAGGCUUUGUUUCAAAGUCCAAGAUACUGAUGAAUAGCAAGCAGCACAAAACCAAAACAUACUAGAAGUCACUCGCAGGCUGUUCUAUUUGUCUGCUGGCUGCAUAUUGACAUUUUCACUUUGCUACUGAGUUGGAAAUUAAUAAUUAUGUGAAUUCAUUGCUGUUAAUUUUACUUGUAUUCUUCUUCCAUUAAUAUAGAAAAUUUAUUGGAUGUUCGUUCUCUGUAGCAAGAAUACUGAUCUAUUUGUCUUUUGAUUCGCCGUUAAUUUCUGUUAUGUGUGAAUGUCGUUCAUUUAUUUUGCUUUCUAUUUGGUUCAUAUAAAUUUCCAUGCUUUGUGAUCGUCUUACAUUCAUGUCGAUAACUUGGCAUCGUUUCCGUUUAUGCAAUUGCACUGAGAUAAUUUGCCUUUUAUGUCGAUGUCUUCAAUUCAUGCGUAUUCAUUGAGGACGUUGUUCAUUCAAAUCUAAUGUUUGCGAUCGUCGUCCACUCAGUUUUUUUGUUUGCUAUCGUCUUCCAUUCAGGUUAUUAAAUUUGUGUUUGUUUUAUAAUCAUUUAUUUUGGUUUCUUUGUUUUAAUUUGCCUAAGGUAUUUUUGUAACAAAUAUCCUUAAUUUUAUAGACGAUACAUCAAACAUAAGUGUUGUAUGUGGGUUUUCGUCAUUAUUUAAAGAACUGACCCAUGUAAAAUGUUUGAAUUUUAUGUAAUAAACUGAUUUAAUUUUCGGAGAUUUAGCUUAAUAAAUCUGAAGAAAAAACAAAUAAUAGACUACAUGUAUACAAAAUACAUAAAUAGUAUUUUGUAAUUUAGAAAUGCAUUAACCAUUUCGAAGUGGUGGUCACAUCGAUAACAAUACACUUCCUUUAUUUGCUGUAAACUAUUUGACCUGUCGCACGUUUCUCACUAGUUACAUAUCGCCUCAAAUAUAAAAUAUAGAUGAGUCUGA